AUUCAUUUGCACAAUGCCCAAGAAACAACCGCAGAAACAGCAAAAACCACAACCCGUUUCUGAGGAAUCUGUGGAAGACGCAUUUGAUUUUGAUGACGAAGAAGAUAACCAACAUGAAACAACUAGGGAAGAUGAAACACCAACUGUUCCGUCAAGAUCGGGAAAGAAAAGAGUGUACAAUGAGCUAACUGAUGAUGUUGGUGGUGAAGUCCAUACCUUAUUAGACAGAUUUGGUUCUGAUAUAAGUAAAUCAAUAGUUGCCAAACGAAAACGCUUAGAACUACUCACACAGCAGUCAUUGAAGUGCAGCAAUCGGAAGGUAGAUGACAUUUUCAAAGGUCAAAAUGCUGAAAGGCAGAGACUGAGUGAUGAAUACUGCAAGCAGGUGAUGAAUGUGUUUGAGCAGUGGGGUACAGACAUCAAUAAAAUGAAAGACCAUGAGGAUAAACUACAGACAUUAUUUCGUCAGCAACAAAAGUUGUUUCAACAAGCCCGAAUUGUACAAGGCCAAAGACUGAAAACUUUGAGGCAGCUGCAUGAGCAGUAUAGCAAGGGGAUGACUGAUUUGGAGUCUCGUCAUCAAGAUCAACAUAGCAAUGUACAAGUAGAACUUCGAAAAGAAAUGAGCUUGCUUCAGAAGAAAAUCCUAAUGGAUACACAAAAUCAAGAAAUGGCUAAUGUCCGUAAAUCCUUACAGUCAAUGCUGUGGUAA